AUGGUUACAUGCCUCGAGCUUGCAUCAGAGCAGCUUGCACGGCGAAGCCAUUACGACUUCGGAAUGCGAGCCGCUGUGGCUGUCCUUAAUACUGCAAAGCAUCUGUUUCGUCACCAGCCUGAGGCAACGGCAGUACGUGAAGCUUCCCCUGUCGAUUGUCACUCUCAAAGUGCAGAAGAGGCAACAAGGCAUGAGGCCGUGACGCUCUGCAAGGCGCUUCGCUUAACAAAUGUGCCAAAGCUUCAUCCUACGGACCAGUUGACCUUCGAGGAAAUUUUAAGGGAUGUGUUUGACGAAGGGGACCUGGGUGCGGCGGAAAUGCAGCAGCAUCUGAGGCCGUUCUUGGUUGAAGCAGCAACCCAGCUGCUUCUUGAUCCUUCGGAGGAAUUUCUCAAGAAAUCUUUGCAGGUCCUUAAUACGCUAGACCAUCGCCAUGGGCUGAUGCUUGUUGGUUCUUCGGCCACAGGGAAGACUUCAGCAGUGAAAUGCCUUGUGCUGGCUCUUGAACUACAGCAAGCAGCAGCUGCUGCCACAGCAGCGUCAGUAGUAUCUCUGAAUACCGAAUUGCAUGAAACUAGCAACGAGAACACCACGCGUGCUGAUCGAAUUCACGUCUCUACUGCUGAGGUGAACAACCAGGCGAACAGGGACGUCGAAAGAAAUCUUAAUGACAGCCAUCGUGCAACCAGCACAUGCAUUGCCCGCCGCAUAUUCCCUAAGGCUCUCCAGGUUGAGGAGUUAUACGGCUCCCUUGACACAACAACGCGCGAGUGGAAAGGGGGCGCCCUUGAGCAAGCCGUUAGAGAAGCCUCACUGGAGCAAGAUGGCAACAUCCGCCGCUGGAUUAUUUUGGAUGGUCCCGUGGACGUGGGCUGGAUUGAGAACCUGAAUACGGUUCUAGACGACAACAAGAAGCUGUGUCUGAGCAGCGGAGAGGUUGUGCUGCUGUCACCCCAGACGGCCUUGCUAUUCGAGGUGACAGACUUGCGCUGCGCUUCCCCUGCAACGGUUUCUCGUUGUGGCAUGGUAUACAUCCAUCAGGAUGUCGUCCGAUGGGAAAGCCUUCUGCAGGCCUGGAGUCUGCACUCGCCUACUGCAAAACUCCUUGGCGGCGCUACUGCAAAAGAUGUCAAAGACACUUUGUUUGAGUCCUGCGCCGUGUGCAUCGCUUUUCUUUCCAUGUGCAGUGGAGGACCCCUCAGAAUUUCACCUAACUGGAUGGUUUUGAAUGUUCUUCGUCUUCUUGACGCCCUUAUUGCUCAAAUCACCGUGCCAGCACAGCGAGGAGAAGGGAAGGUGGCUGAUCUGCUUGAGCAGUCUUUGGAGAGUGCACUUGUCUUUGCCUUGCUGUGGGGCACUGGUGCCACCUUGUGUGCCUCUGAACGCUCUGCAUUUGACGUGGUCUUCCGCAACCUUCAUAGCGGGCGCUUCGAUAUUUUAGAGCAAAUGGGGCUUCUGGCUUCCAAUCCGCCCUCAAGUCCGGAAACUUCCAUCGAAAUGCGCCAAGGAGAAACUCAAACAAAAAGGCGCGCACGACGCUUCAAUCACCAUCUCCCUCCAAUGGGGAGUUGUUUUGACGUUUUCUGGGAUGUGCAGCAGAAGAAGUGGCACACAUGGGCAUCUCUGCCCAUGCUCCCAGAUGUUCGAAAGGGUGCAACCAUAACGCCAGCCUCACUUCAACAUGCUUUUAUAGAGACGCAGGAGACGUCUUUGCUCGAAUUUUUUUUAAAUCUUGUUGUGAUCCACGGAAAGGCGCCAUUCCUUUUAGUUGGGGAGGCAGGUGGGGGUAAAAGCAAGUGCAUGCUCCAAAAGCUACAACUGAUGGCCGCAGACAGCCAGCAGAAGUUUCUCCAACAAUUACGUGGCCGGAGUAUGCCCUCUGCACAACAGGGAAGAACCAUGUUGAAAUCGGCUCCUGAAGGUCCAUUGGCUACUUCCAGCAACGUCGCAGGUGCGUUUGCAUUUCUUGCACUUACCCUCACUGGAGCAGCGACUCCGAACUCUGUGCAGCAGUGGCUAGAAGCAAGGAUGGAGAGGUCACACGGCUCCUCUUUGCGGCCCGCUGGUUUCCCAAGUUGCCUUCUUCUGCUAGAUGAUAUACACUUGCCUACAACAGAAGAGUCAGGGGCACAACCAGUAGGCGAGCUCGUACGGCAGCUGCUGGAAUGUGGUGGAUGGAGCAGAGGAAGCUCAUGGCAGUUCUGUUCAGUCGAAGGCUUGACUCUUACGGCUGCUCGCCGCCCUGUGCAACAGCAGCAGCAGUAUAAUGAGAGGCUUGCUAGGCACUUUUUUCCUCUAAUGGGCACACCAUAUUCUGCAGAGUCCUUAGAAGCCAUUUUGCAUCAAAUUCUGUUGCUCCGCUUUGACAGCUGCGCAGACAGCGUGCUAGAGGGAUUAAAAAAAGUUGCGCUGCUAACUGCUAAAUUUUAUAGACAUAUCCAGCAGCGGCUUCCCCUCCGGCCCUGUCGCUGGAUACAGCAGUGGACUCCAAGGGACUGUUGGAGGGUUGUACAGAGGCUUUCUUCUGUGAAUCCUGCGGGACUCCAAACUCAAAACCAACUGCUAAGCUGCUGGGUUCACGAGGUGCGGAGAGUUUUCGAAGACAGAACAGCUAAUGCGCCCGACAUGGAAGUGCUCGCAGCUACCUUGGCUGAUGUUCUAAAAGACACAACAGCCUUCAGCUUAGACGAACUGGAUCCCCCAAAGCAAAGGCCUUUGCUCUUCGCCUUUCGCGAACCGGUAGCCGGGUCCACGACGGGAGCAAAAUAUGGGGCUGCUGUUGCAGAUGAUGGCCUAAUGGGGGCAAGAGUGUACGAGCGUGUCACGCCUGCAGAAGCACACCAGCUUUGCGCAGCUGCCCUUGAGCAGUACUCAUUGCUACAUCCCAACAAGCCACUGUCCCUGGUGCUCUUUCCUCAAGCCGUCGAGCAUGCAUUGAGGUGUAUGAACACCCUUCUCCAGCCACAAGGCCAUACACUACUCCUGGGUGUUGGCGGGUCUGGUCGUCGGUCGUGCGCUCGCCUCGCUGCAUUCUUAGCUGGGUUUGGUACAGUGGAGCCGCACGCGUUGUUCCAGUCAGUUGCGAUCGGUGAGUGGCAAGAGGAACUGAAGAACACUGUUUUGGCCACCGCGGUUCUGAAAAAGCCUCAGCUGUUACUUGUGCCCGCUGAGCAUCUCGCAUACGAUGAAAUCGCUGCACAUAUUUGCACGCUCCUCCAGCUGAGAGAAGUUCCGGACAUUUUCAGUGCCGAUGAGAAGGCAGAGGCUAUUAAUGCCUUGCGGCUAAAAGCUUCCAAUGCGGCACCGUCGAGCGGCGGCAAAGAAAGCACUGAGUUGAGUGAUGGAAGCAGUGGGUACUUUCCACUAAAAAAUGCGGAUCUGUUGGCAGCAGAGUGUCGUCAACGACUCCGGAUUUGCGUGUACUGCAGCCCCAGCAACCCCCAGACUCAGGUGCUCUUCAGACGAUUUCCUGUUCUCACGGGCUGCUGCACAAUAAACUACUUUCGCAGCUGGUCAUCUCAGGCUCUCUAUUCCGUUGCCGAACAAAAGUUGAUGCUGGUAUCUGCUGCACUGCGACAGCAUGACGGCGCUGUGCCAGCCAUGCAAAAUACUGUGGAGGACGGCGGCGAAAUGGGGUUUUCCUCGUAUGUACACCCAAGUGAAAAAAUGAGACAGCUUUGCCAGGCAUGUUCUGAUAUUUUUGAGUCAACGAAAAAUAUUGCAGAUUCUUACCGAGAAGAGCAACGAAGAUUCUUCUAUGUCACUCCGGCCUCUUUUCUUCGCUUUUUAGACGGUUUCUGUUACGUUUUCAUGACACGGGCGUCUCAAUACCGUCUUCAGCAGCAGCAAUACGAGCUUGGCUUGCAAAAGCUUCACGAUGUUAGCCUGCAGGUUAUGGAAAUGCAGCAACAGCUGGAGAAACUUCAACCGGAGCUGGCGAAGGCAUCAGCGGAGACGCAACAGCUUAUGCAAGUUUUGAGCUCCAAGCGGGAGCAUGCUUCGACUACAAUGAGCCUUGUUGAAGCCGAAGAGAGAGACUGCAAGGCUCAAGCUGACGCAGCCGCUUCAGUUGAGCGCGAAUGUCAAGACCAACUAGCUGAAGUCAUGCCCGCGCUAUUGGCAGCAGAAGAGGCCCUUAAGAAGCUAAGCAAAGCUGACAUUACAGAACUCAAAAGCAUGAAAGCUCCACCUUCAGGAGUAGUGAAGGUGAUGGAAGCUCUCUGCAAGCUAUUUAGAAUACAGCCAAUUCUUGUUCAAGUUACCCCGGGACAGCCUCGUCAGCCAGAUUUUUGGCAGACAGCAAAGAAACACUUGCUAGGAAAUAGUCGCUUUUUGCAGCGCCUGCUAAACUUUGACAGAGAUGAUAUUCCGCCAACCGUUAUGGCAGCCAUUGCACCCUAUGAUCAAGAUGCGGACUUCGAUCCCGAUAUCGUCAAGAAGGCGUCUGUCGCAGCUACGAGUCUCUGCCUUUGGGUAAAGGCCUUAAUUGCGUACGACAGAGCAAACAGUGCGGUAAAGCCUCGCCGCGAAGCUCUUCAGCAGGCUCAGUGCGAGUUGCGGACUGCCGAAUUUUUGCUCCAAGACAAGAAGCAAGAGCUGUUGCAACUUGAAACACUAAUUGAGCAGCUGUCUCAGCAGUAUCAGAAGGCUCUUCAACGCUCGGAAGCACUUCAGCAAGAAGCCCAAACUUGUGAAAGACGCCUUUCAGUGGCUGAGAAGCUCAUUGCCAGCCUUGGGGGUGAACGUAACCGUUGGAGUGAAAGCCACGAAGCUUUAAAAAGUAAAGUGCCAAGAAUUACAGGAGAUGCUACUCUAAGUGCCGCAUUUAUUGAAUUUGGCGGCAUUUUUCGCCCUUCCUACAGACUACGGUGUCUCACGUCUUGGCAGCAAGCCUUAGAAAAGUUUGGCGUGCAGAGCACGCCUAAUUACUCCAUGCAGGAAGCGCUGACUAGCCCUCAGGAAGUGCAGCAAUGGCUCAUGCAAGGGCUGCCCGAUGAUGAGCUCUCUAUAGAAAAUGCCGCCAUCACCCUCAACGCACAAUGUUGCCCUAUGCUUAUUGAUCCUCAUCAACAGGCGACGCCUUGGUUGGCUAGCACAUUUCCUGAUAUGAAGGUGCUGCGGGCUGAGGAGCCAAAUUUGCAGAGGUCCUUGCAGCUCAUGCUGCAAUGUGGUGCUGUAGUAAUUCUGGAAUGCUUUUUCGAGGGAUUGGAUCCUGCAUUAAACAGUUUACUGGAGUGGAGAAGACCGCGACAAGCCGCGUCGUCCUCCUUCACAUUCCCGACGUCAGAAACUGACAUUCCAACAUUGGGAGAGGGCCGCUCCUCCGCCGUCGCUCUUGGUAGCGCACUUGUUGAAGUGCAUCCGAGCUUCCGCUUGUUAUUAAAGACACCACUAAAUGCUCCCCAUUUCCCGCCAGAGGUUUGCUCGAGGCUUACUCUUAUCGAUUUCUCCGUGGGUUGCAAAGGUUUGGAGCAGAGGCUACUGCGACUUGCUCUCCAAGCUGCUGCCCCAGAUAUUCAUGCAACUUGUUUACGCCUUGUGCACGAGGGAGCGGAAACGCGCGCGCAACUCGUAGCUGCGGAGCAUCGGAUGCUUGAAGCACUGAGCAACGCUAAAGUGGGGCUAGCCUUUGAUGAGAGCGUCCUAGAUGACAUGGAGUUACUUAGCACGCUGCGUCAUGCGAAGGCUAUCUCUGAAAGCUGCAGUGAAAGGCUUCAAGAACAGCAGAGAGCCCAGGCAGCUGCCGACGCAACUCUUUCGCUGUACUCCCCAGUUGCUAAGCGCGCGUCCAGUCUUUUUCAAGUACUGCAGCAGCUCGAAACUGCACACCCAAUGUACCUGUUUAGCGUCCAGACCUUCCAACAAUGUUUCGUCGAUGCUGUCUUGGAGGUCUUAGGAAAGCCCGAUUCUACCAGCAGGCAACAAGAUGCUGGCCAGUACACGGCCGAUUUAGUUGGUGCAACGCUGAGACGAGUCUAUCGCAGCAUUCACCCUUGCCUUUUUGAGAGUCACAAGCCGUUACUUCCAGUUCUCUUUGCAUUGCAAUCUCUUCAUCUGAGAGGAGCAGCUACACAUGAGGAAAUGCAGCAGUUACAAGCUCCAGUGGUGCUGCCAAUGGUGGAGAACUGUGAGCCUGAAAGAUCCCAAGUUUCCCCUUCUGCUCCGCUGGACGCUGCCGACAGCUCGUGGCUGACACCGAGUUGUCGUGAAAAGCUUCAGGGCCUUCGUCUCCUUGGAGAGCCAUUCAUAUCUCUUGUCUCCUCUGUCCUUAGAGGCAGCAACGACUGGGAAGCUGCUUUAUUCGACGAAAACCCUUUGGUUAGCGAAUGGCCUGAACGCUGGGGCGAGCGUUUGUCAAUGCUGCAGCAGACGCUACUGGUUCAGUGCAUAAGGCCCGAAUGUCUUAGAAGUUGCUUACAGCAGCUCGCAGACGCUGAAGUAGGCACAGUUCUGGGGGAAGUUGCCCCACUAGGGCUUGGAGAGGCGCUUGAAGCAGCUGGGCCAAAAGCUCCCCUACUUAUUCUACUUUCUUCAGGAGCAGACCCACAAGCAGCGCUUCUUCAGCAUGCGGAAGCGAUGCACAUGCGUAACAAGUUUGUUUCAGUUGCGAUGGGAAAGGGACAAGGCCCGAAAGCAUCGUCCGGUCAGACGGAAACGCCAGAGAACGCUGUAGCACGUUUUAAAGGUCACAUGGGCAGUCACAACAAUAACGCAUUUCUAAUAGCUGCACAUGAGGAAUUGCGUUUGCUCAGUAGACCUAAGGUGGUGCCUGUCAGCUUUCUUCUUUGCUGGCGUGAAAGCAGAUGA